AUGUCAAUAACCGAUCACAAAUCUCUCAUCAAAGGAGCCUUGGACUUGGAUCCUUGGUUAGAGCCUUAUUCCCACGCACUUAUCAGUCGUCAAUUGCAGCACAAGCAAUGGUUGGAGACUUUGCAAAAGUCGGAAGGUAGCCUUGCCAAGUUUGCUUCUUCUUACGAAGAGUACGGUGUUCACGCUGACCCCAGCACGAAGAAUAUCGUUGCUGUAGCAUAUAUUCCGGAUGUGGUGCUGGUUUCGCUUGUGGGUGACUUUAACGAUUGGAACACUGAUUCACACAAGUAUGAAAAGGUGAACAACUUUGGGUUGUGGAAAUUGGUUCUUCCUCCUGUCAAUGGGCACUAUGCUAUAGAGCACAACUCCCGCUACAAAAUCUCGAUGGUCCUUCCUUCCCAGGAGCGGAUUUUCCGUCUUGAUCCUUGGGCUCGGAGAGUGACCCCUUCCACCGAGAGCACUUUAUAUGAAGGCCGCUUCUGGAACCCCGAGGAGGCUUAUCAGUUCAAAAACACGAGACCCUCUUUUGCUAAAAAUGACGGUUUAAAGAUCUAUGAGGCACACGUGGGAAUCUCGUCCCCAGAACCGAAGAUUGCCUCUUACAAGGAGUUCACGACAAAUACUCUUCCUAUCAUUCACAAAUUGGGUUACAAUACAAUCCAGUUGAUGGCAGUUAUGGAACAUGCAUACUACGCUUCUUUCGGGUAUCAGGUCACCAAUUUCUUCGCUGUCUCGUCCCGUUUUGGAACUCCUGAAGAUUUGAAGGAGUUGAUUGAUGUAGCCCAUGGCAUGGGAAUCCGUGUGUUGCUUGAUGUGGUCCACUCUCACAGUUCAAAGAAUGUGGAGGAUGGUUUAAACAUGUUCAAUGGUACUGACCACUAUUUGUUUCACGGUGGACCAAGGGGAGCACACGAUUUGUGGGACUCGCGCUUGUUCAAUUACUCUAACUAUGAAACGUUGCGCUUCUUGUUGUCUAACUUGAAAUUCUUUAUCGAUGUCUAUAAGUUUGAUGGGUUUAGGUUUGAUGGUGUCACUAGCAUGUUGUACAAGCACCAUGGUUUAAGUUACGGCUUCAGUGGUGACUACAAUGAGUACUUCAAUCAAGAUUUGGUUGAUGAAGAGGCUAUCACCUACCUCAUGUUAGCACACACUUUGCUUGGCGAAUUAAGUGCUAAAGAGAACAACUUCUCCUUCACUUCUAUUGCUGAAGAUGUGAGUGGAAUGCCAACAUUGUGCUUGCCCAUCUCCUCCGGAGGCAUUGGUUUUGACUACAGAUUGUCGAUGGCAAUUCCCGAUAUGUGGAUUAAGAUCUUGAAACAUUUGCUGGACGAUGAGUGGGAUUUGGGUAAUAUUGUGUUUAACUUGACAAACAGGAGGUACAAGGAAAAGUGUAUCAGUUAUUGCGAGUCUCACGACCAAGCCCUCGUGGGUGAUAAGACUCUUGCAUUCUGGCUCAUGGAUAAGGAAAUGUACACGAACAUGUCUGUUCUUUCUCCAUUGACGGAAGUUGUCUCCAGAGGUAUCGCACUCCACAAAAUGAUCAGAUUGAUCACUUUUGCCUUGGGUGGAGAAGGAUAUCUCAAUUUUGAAGGUAACGAGUUUGGUCACCCUGAGUGGUUGGACUUCCCCAGAGAAGGAAAUGGGGAAUCGUACCACUACGCUAGGCGUCAAUUCAAUUUGAUCAAAGAUGAUUUGUUACGUUACAAAUUUCUUUUUUCAGUUCGAUGCUGCCAUGAUCCACUUGGAUACUAA